AUGCAGACGUGUGCAGUAAUUGGUUGUGGUGCCGCCGGUAUGGCCACAACUGCAACGCUGCGGCAAAAUGGACUUUUGGUGACGUGUUUCGAAAUCGCAUCAGCUCCAGGUGGCAUCUGGCAGAGCAAUAGCCGUGACUCAUUUUCCUCAAGGGGCCUCAUUUCGCCCAUUUACCCCACCAUGCGCUGCGUGUUGCCGAAGGACCUCAUGGCUUUCAGUGAAGUAAGGUUUGAUUAUACCGUCCCACAUUUUCCUCACCAUUCAUCCGUGCAGCAUUAUUUAAAUCAGUGUGCGGAAAGAAAAGGAAUCCAUGGAAUGACUCGUUUCAAUACUAAGGUUGAGUCUGUACGCUUCGACUGCCGCGACGGCAUGUGGAAGUUGAUCACUGUAAACAUCGUAAAUGGUGAUGUGAUGGAGUACUCCUUCGACAAGGUGUGUGUGUGCACCGGCCAGACCCAUGAGCCUCAUUAUCCAGUUGGCCUUAAAGAGCUGUUGUCCGACUACACGCGAGAGGGUGGUGAGCUGCAUCAUGCCUCGCACGUCAAGGACUUUCGCUCGCUGAAAAAUAAGCGUGUCGUUGUGCUGGGCGAUGACGUAACGGCGUAUGACUACUGUGUGGAGCUAAAGCGUUUUGGUGCGGAUGUGUACCACAGCACACUGUUCAAACGCCCGGGGAUCGCGGGAUCCGCUGAUUUAGACCCAUCCGCAACUCUUUACCAAGGGUUCCAAUACAACGCUGCUGCUGGUUCAGCGCCGGGAAGUAUGGAAACCUCAAUGGGAAGGAGCUUUUGGAGGCGGUUUCUAAAGUCAUCAGAGGGCCCGGCGCCCCUGACGAAGGGUGCUAUUCGUGAUGUAGCCACCUUGGUAAGUUUGUUGCUCCAGCGCAUUCCUGGAUGGCGCUAUGAUGUACACAAAGCCAACGAGUUACUGCAGAAAUGGAUGCGGUAUCGCAACGAGCACAUCGAGACGAUUCCGCGCGUUGGGUACCCGCUGAAAACGGAACACAAGGGCAUUCUCUGGGCAGCCGAUCCUACCCGUCAGAUGCGCCACGUGGAGGUCCUCGAGGAGGCUGAGAUGCGUCGCUUAGGUCGACGUUCCAGGCCUGGUCCGGAGGAUGAGGGAACUUUCAUCGACAACGUCGAUGUCGUUAUCAGCGCAACUGGUUAUAAGCAGCGCUUCCCAUUUUUACACCCAAGCCUGCGCCGCGAGUUGGAGGCCGAUCCGAGUUGCCUACUCCCAGCCCCGGAUAUGACUGUGAACUCAGCCCAAGGCAUUACCCACAACAAACGCGGUCUUUACCUCGGAACAAUUUAUGCAGAGAAGCCUUCACUUGCCUUUGUAGGUAUGCAGAGGGAACUGCUUCCACCCUUUAUGAUGUUUGAAAUCCAAGCACGGUUUAUUGCCCACGCAUUCACGGAACGCUUUAAGCUACCUCCCACUUCGGCUGACAUGGCUGCGGAUGAGGAGAGCCUUCUCAUUCAGAACCCUCUCCUUACUGAUCUAUACAAUCCACGUGGGCUGGGGCUGUAUUCUGCCACGUAUUUUAACGUGCUUCAAAGACAGCUGGGAUUGGGUGCACAGGAGACUUAUACAUCGAAACUUUUUGAGAGGUAUCGAUGGUUUUUGAUGUCCAGUGGACUGCGAGUAUACCAUAAAUUCAGAUCCAUGGCACCGCUUAAGCGAAAGAAGCAGCACAUUUUGUUCAGUAACGCGAUUUGA